AUGCUCUUUACUUGGUCUUCGAAGAAUCUCUGCAUCAUCUUCCGCCAGUGGCGCAUCACCGGCCCCGUUUCCUUCCUCCUCUCCCUCGUGCUUAUCGUCCUCCUCACAGCUGGUUACGAGGGUGUCCGACAAAUAACCCGCAAGUACGAAGCUGCGCAUAACCAGCGUUUGAAUGCCUUUGCUAUAUCAACAGCGACUACAGGUGGAGGUAUCGUGUGUCGGGCGUUGGUGUGGCGGUUGAGGACUAUAUGCCCCCCUGCUCUCCUUCUACACUUCCUGCUUGGGCGAGCUCUCUCAUUGAUGCCUUGCUCUGCAGUUGAUGGGAUUCCCGAGCCGGUCACCGCUAACUUCCACGAUCCAAUCCAUGCCGAGGGCUCACCACUGCUUGUAGGACAGGAUAAUAGGGCUGCGCUUGCGCGGCGGGGGAGAAUUACUUUGGCUGCGUUGUAUGGCGCUCAGGUCUUUUAUAGCUUCUUCAUUAUGCUUCUUUUCAUGACAUACAAUGGCAUGGUUAUGCUGGCGGUUGCGGUUGGUGCUUUUGUCGGAUAUUUGGCUUUUGCCGAUGACAUUCCGGCUACCAAGUCCAUCGCUUGCCACUAA